UUAUGAUACUUUAAACUCUUCCUAAAGUUACUUUCAAUUUGGACAGACGCAUUUUAAUAAGUGUUUCGUCGAGACGACAUUAAAAAUGAAUUAUCAGUAUUUAGAUCCGAAGAAAUGGUUUUGUCUUAUGAUUUUAUUAACUUUACUGGAUAUUAAAAAUUAUUCUGUUGGAAAGUGUAUUAAUAUAGAGAAUAAAGAAAGUUUACGAUUAACCCAGGAUAAAUGUUAUCAUCUAAAGCACAAUAUUUCUAAAAGGAGCACUGAAGCAGCAAUUAAAAGUUUGGAAUCUACGAUUAGAGCAGCCCUUUAUGAAGAAGAAAUUACCGAAGCAAAUGAACGGCUUUUAGAUUCUCUACGGAAUAUCCAAGAAAUAUCCGAAGAAAUUGACACUGAUUAUAAAUACCUAUCACCCUCGAAAUUAUACAAUUUUAAAAUUAACCCAGUCACAGCUAACAAAACAUAUGUCUAUGCUACACUCGAAGGUAACGAAUAUUUGGACAAAUUACUUAAAAUCGGUCAUUGGACAAGUGGUUUAGCAGAAAAUGACUCAAAUAGCCUUCAGGAGAAUGUGUUUUCAGUUGCAAUUAAAUACUACUCAAGGUUACAAAACAAUGGAAAUUAUUGCGGUAAAUCAUCAAUUUAUAAUGAAGUAUAUCAACUUUAUGAAUCUAUGCUAGCAAGCGUCAGUAAAGGAUACACUAUAAUGUAUAUGGCUUACGAGUUCCAACAACGAAAUCCUGGAAAUACAGACAAUGGGCUUCCCGCACAAAGAAUUAUACUAGAAGAAUGUAAAGAAGCAGUUGUUCGUAUGACCACUUCAGUAAGCAGUUAUUUGAAGAAAAUUGAUAAUACGACAUAUAAAAAAUCACAAGAGUGUGACCCGAAGGAAUGGGCUGAAGGUAAGAAAUACAUUCGUUUAAAAAAUCACGUUUCGUAUUAUGAGCCUAAUACAAAAUGGUACUGGGAUCAGGGUGCAGAAUACUUGAGAGAUAUGAAACCAGAAAAAGAAUGCGACAGUACACAAGUAUUUUGGAAUCCAGCUUUAUCAGAUGGCGUCAUAUACAGCUUGAACUGUCCACUUAUUUUUGUCAGUGAUUAUUCAAGAGAUAGCAGUUGCCAACGUUUUCAGAAUGAUAAUUUUACGAAAGCUAAAAACACAUAUUGGGAAUCAGCAUGUACUAAUGGAGAUAAUUCAAGAUUAGGACAAUUAUGUGCUUGCGAUAAACAAGUCGACCAAGAUACUAGUAUACGAACAAUAAGUUUAAGAGAACAUUACACUGAUAGUGCUGAUAAUCGAGUUGUUACCGGAAUACGAUUUAUUGUUAAAAAUAAUAUCGUUACGAUACAAAUUCGAGAAGGUAAAUUAGUCAAUGGUAUUAUAAACCCCCAAACCGUUAGAUGGAUAGAUGAUGAUGGUCAGCGUCCUGAAAUAGGUCCUGAUACAGUGAAGCUCAGUUAUAACAUACGAGCGUUUGAAUUAGAUGACAUAGAAUUGCCUGAUGGACACUUGGUAACAGGAGUCAAAUUCUUAGUGACAAAUAAAACGCGCAUAUCAUUAGCAGUAAGAGGAUCAGCUAUGUAUGAUGAUAAAAAAAAACCUUCCCAUCAAUUCACGAUCAAUGGUAUUCUCCAACACCUGAUCCAGAUAUAGCUAGGCAUAAAAUUGAUGUAGAAUAUUCUAAAAAUCCAGCUGAGUUAAUAAAUGAACAGUUGCUACAAUUAAGUACUCCAGGAUUGAACUACGUCGAUUUCUCAACAUCAGUGUAUUCUUCAAAAGAUGAAAAUGUUGCAAUUAUACCAUUCAUAGAUUCACGCGAUCUCGUUACUGAUCCACCAAUCGCUCUAGGUGGAUUAGGAAUAUUUUACAAAAGUAAACCCGGCUACGGUGGAUUUAUAGCGUUUAAGUAUAUCACAGCUAACUAUAAUAUUCUUCUUGACAGAGAUCAUGCUCAAGUUAUAAAUGCUACUUUAUUACACUUAUUUAAAUAUUUAUAAAGAGAAAAAAAAAUUUUUAAUUUAAAUUAAUAAAACUAUUGUAGUAACUGGUAACUUAUAGUUAAUAUCGCCUAUGCACUACAAGAAAACACACUUAAAUUAGAAAUAA